UAGCAAAAUUUGGCUAUGCCGAGGCUCUUGAUCACUGGAAAUUGUCAAGUGCACUAUCCAUCUGGCAUCAAGCAACACAGGACAUUAUUGGAGUUAAGGAAAGAGAAUUUAGCCAGAUUUAGUUCUUCCUGCCCGUCAUUGGACGUGGACUGUCGUAAUUCUCCUCUUCCUGUCAUAGAUGAAGCAGAUUUGUGCAAGUCUAUGGUUGACCUUGCUGAAGACAAUGUUGGGGAGACCGCUGCCACACCCUCCUCUUUGUACACAAGUGGAGAAGUUUUCUCCUCCGGACCGGACAUUACUAACAGCACAGAUAAUAUACAUAUAGUUGUGGACGGUGCAACCACUGGUAGCUCGUCCGAUUUCGGUCUCCAAACUCAGGAAUAUGACCAGUUCCUGAAAGAUUAUUACGGAGGAAACAAUCCUCAAGUACGGCACCGGAGUCCAGUGCCGUCAAAACGGGACACUAUUGAAAACGGAGAUAGUCAAGAGAUGCUUAUACAUGGAAAUAAAAGUGUUGUAUUACCUCAAAGUGAAGACAUUGAAAAUACAUUAUGUAAUGAAGAGGAUAUGAACGAUGGUCUCCUUAAUGCUGGCAGUGAGGGGACUAGAAGAGGUGGUGUACGUAGCACAGGUGAUAUGGAACAUGAGGCCAGAGACAAUGAGAAGGGUUAUGAAAACUCCAUGCAAGGACGUGGGUCAGCAAACAAGGCUAGAUAUAGUGCUGAUAUAGAACAUUUGAUGAGAAAUUUGAAGGGUCAUCAUUCUGGCAGUUCUUUAGACAAGAUGUCAAGUUCGACACACAGUACAAGUUCAAGCACUGACAAUGAGGCACUAGGUGUGAUGCCUCAUGGUAAAAUAACCAAAGCUUUCUCUAUGUCUUCCAUCCC